AUGGAAAUCAUCGAAACACGCGUGGAGCAUGUGUUAGAGAUCGUAAUCCCACAGCUCGAGAUCAACGUUGACUUUCAAAAGCUGAGGGAGAGGUUCCGCAAGAACACGAAGAUGGAAGGUCAAGUGCGAUCCAUCUUCGACGACCUGAUGACUGCGAUCAACACAUGGCACGUGAAGGACAGCAUCUUCAAGCACGCGACUGCGAUAUCGGAGGACCUGCCUCGUGACAUCGAAGACAUCGGGAGGACAGCUCAGCGCCAUGGGUAUUUUAGUCGCUUCCAGACGGAAGAAGCCGAAAAGAUUCGCAUCCUUCAAGCUACUGUUGAGGAUCUUGAAGGAGACCUGCAACGGCUGCGGGGAUUGUACAAGGAAGACAUGGAGCGAAUGAGCGAGGAGCUCGCAAGCUUGAGGCUGGAGCUGGUGGACUCGGGCAAGCAACGGCUGGAGCUCCAGCAGCAGAUUAUUGUGCAGGAGCAGAGGACCAGUGAGGAGAUAAAUAGGCUGCAGCAGAUUGUGGACAACGACACCAUCGUGGUCACGUCAUUGUCAAACGACCUGGAAAUUAUUAAGCUGGAGAAGGAGAAGCUUAGAAUGGAAGUGAAGGACCUGGAGGCGCGUCUGGACAGCUGUGAGCUGACUAUCACGAAGAAGGAAGCGAACAUCAAGUGA